UUUCUGUUUAAAUUUUUUUUGGGAUUCAACUCUGGAGCUGUACGUGCGGGUUUUGAAGUUUGAUUGGACGGCUGGCCCGUGACCUCGCGUCGCGUUCAUUGUCGUUUUUGAAAUUCAAGGGUCCUGACCUCUGCACCUCUUCUGCAAUUGCGCCAUGGAGCGCUUCGAGGACUACAAUACCUACAUCCUCGGCACAAUUGGCGCCGCCACAAUCAUUCUCUUCUAUUUCCUUCUCCGCAGUGACCCAGAGGCAGCAGUACCUUAUAAUGUCACUCCACCAGAACAGAUCAAGCCUGGAUGGGAAGGCGAGGUGCUUGAGGACCCCUCUAUGAAGGUCUCAGGCUCCUCACUAAUCCAAUGCUACGCCCCCGCAACUGGCGAAGCCCUCGGGCGCGUCAAUCCCUCCACGCCGUCGUCUAUCGACCGCGCAGUCGCCAAAGCGCGCGAAGCGCAGACGCAAUGGGCCCAAACUACCUUUGCACAGCGCCGCAAGGUGCUAAAGACGAUGCUGAAGUUUGUGCUGGAGAACCAGGAGACGAUUGCGCGCAUGGCGUGCUUGGACAGCGGCAAGACGAUGGUGGACGCUAGCUUGGGAGAGAUCCUGGUCACGGUGGAGAAGCUCCGGUGGACGAUUAGGCAUGGCGAGGAGAGUUUGAAGAGUGAGAGGAGAGCGGGGAACCUGUUGAUGGCGUAUAAGUGGCAUGAGGUGGUUUGGCAGCCCUUGGGUGUGGUGGCGGCCUGUGUGAGCUGGAAUUAUCCGUUCCAUAACCUGAUUUCGCCCAUCAUCGCGUCGAUAUUCGCCGGUAACGCUAUCAUAGUCAAAGGAUCCGAGAACACGGCUUGGUCCAGCAGCUACUUCACAUCGAUAGCUACCUCCGCCCUCGUCGCUUGCGGUCAUGAUCCGAACAUCGUCCAGUCCGUGGUCUGCUGGCCCAACGUCGCAGAUUACCUGACAUCCCAUCCGGGCAUCUCACAUAUCACAUUCAUCGGAUCUCGACCCGUCGCGCAUCAUGUAUGCGCAUCUGCCGCGAAGGCUCUCACACCGGUCUGCGUCGAGCUCGGCGGCAAAGAUCCUGCCAUUGUCCUCGAUGAUCUGUCCAGGAACGAUUUCAAGCGCGUGGCUAGCAUACUCAUGCGCGGCGUCUUUCAAUCCGCAGGCCAAAACUGCAUCGGCAUCGAGCGCGUCAUCGCCCUCCCCAACGUCUACACCUCCCUCAUCAACCACCUCACCCCGCUUAUCAGCUCCCUCCGCCCCGGCUCCAUCCUCAAUGACAGCUCCCCCGUCGACAUCGGCGCCUGCAUCUCCGCCGCCAACUUCGCCACCCUCGAAACCCUGAUCCAAGACGCUGUCGCCAACGGCGCGCGCCUCCUCUGUGGCGGCAAACGCUUCAUCCACCCGAACUACCCUCAGGGCCACUACUUCACGCCCACCCUAAUCGUCGACGUAACGCCCGACAUGAAGAUCGCGCAGCAGGAGCUUUUCGCACCGGUGUUUCUGAUAAUGCGCGCUGAGAGUGUGGACGAUGCUAUUCGUAUCGCGAAUAGCACGCCAUAUGCGCUCGGGGCUUCUGUGUACGGCAGCGCGACGCGCGAUCUUGAGCGUGUGGUUCGUGAAGUGCAUGCGGGUAUGGUGGCUGUGAACGAUUUCGCGGUUACGUAUAUGGUACAGUUGCCGUUUGGAGGUGUCAAGGGGAGUGGAUAUGGGCGGUUUGCAGGCAAAGAGGGCUUGAGGAGUCUGUGUAAUCAGAAGGCUAUUACGAGGGAUCGGUGUCCUGCGCUUAUUAAGACGAGUAUCCCGCCGCCCAUGGAUUUGCCGCUGAAAGGGGGGACGGACGUGACGGAGCGCGCGUGGAAGAUGGCGGUAGGGAUUGUGUGGUUGGGGUAUGGAGAUUGGAGAGGGAAGAUUAAGGGUAUUAAGGGCCUGGUUGGGCUGUAGGUUUGAGGAGAGGUGCGAGGAUGACUGACGUGUAUAUAUAGUGCAUAAUACAUAAUCGAGG